GCCGCGGUUACGCAACACCGCUGGCGCUGAUAUGUAACUUGUCCAGCCGGUGUUGGAGUUCUUUCAAGAUCAAGUUUUUUGAUUUAACGGAAGAGUCAAUAUACAGGUGAAGAUUAUCUCGUAUGGACACAGUGAUCCGCAGAUGCCCCUUCUUGGCUGCUGCUCCCAGAGCGUUCCUCCACCUGGCUAGGAGCUCCUCUCUGCUCAGUUAUGCCCAGAAGUGCCCUGUGAUGAUGGACCUGGCCUCAACACCUCUGGCCAGAGUUCUGUCCACUUCUACGUUUGUUUUCAAGGAAACAAAAAUAAAAGAUGAUCCAACACAUAAAGCAAAGUCGCCUCCAGGACAAACCGCAUCACCUGGUGUCCAGCUUGUAGGGUCCAAAUGCCCUUUCCUGGCUGCAGAGAUGGUAAUAGAGGUCGGGUUAGAGCUGCAAGAGGACAUCCAGGAGAUGAACAAUUACCGCACAGGAAAAACGGUUGUGGAUAUGUCAGCUGAGGAUCUUGCAGAAGUAGAGAGGAUUAACGCAAUAGAUUCAAAAAGCCUUUUCAAACCCAAAUCUUUCAAAGCAUCUCACCAGCUAAAAGAUAAUCUCCCAAAAGGUGCCAUUUUUGAGUAUGACAUUUUUUUUGAUACCAAGAUUGAGAGCAAGAAAAGAGAUCACACGUACAGGGUUUUCAAGACGGUGAACCGGCGUGCUGCCUUGUUUCCGAUGGCAGACAACUACUCUGAGUCUCUUCAAGGCAAGAGAGACGUGUCUGUGUGGUGCAGCAACGACUACCUCGGUAUGAGCCGUCACCCCACAGUCACCCGGGCUAUCACUGAUACAGUUCGAAAGCAUGGUGCUGGUGCAGGAGGCACACGAAACAUUUCAGGAACAAGCAAAUUUCACGUGGAACUUGAAUAUGAACUAGCUGACCUGCAUGACAAAGAUGCAGCACUGCUGUUCACUUCCUGCUUUGUUGCCAACGAUUCCACACUAUUUACUCUGGCAAGAAUGCUACCAGGUUGUGAAAUCUACUCUGACGCUGGUAAUCAUGCGUCAAUGAUUCAGGGUAUAAGAAACAGUGGUGUCAAGAAGUUUAUUUUCCGUCACAAUGACGUCAGCCACUUACAAGAGCUGCUUGAGAAGUCAGAUCCCUCUACUCCAAAGAUUGUUGCGUUUGAGACAGUUCAUUCCAUGGAUGGUGCUGUGUGUCCAUGCCAAGAAAUGUGUGAUAUUGCCCAUAAGUUUGGUGCCAUCACCUUUGUGGAUGAAGUGCAUGCUGUGGGUCUUUAUGGGCCCAGAGGAGGAGGGAUUGGAGACAGAGACAGAGUCAUGAACAAAAUGGAUAUCAUCUCUGGUACCCUUGGCAAGGCGUUCGGCUGUGUGGGCGGCUACAUCGCCAGCACCAGUGCCCUGGUGGACACAGUGCGCUCCUAUGCUGCAGGCUUCAUUUUCACCACCUCCUUGCCCCCCAUGCUGCUGGCCGGAGCAAAGGAAUCCAUUAAGAUCCUGAAGAGUGAAGAGGGUCGGGUGCUCAGGAGGAAACAUCAGAGGAGUGUCAAGCUGCUACGACAGUUGCUGAUGGACUCUGGACUUCCAGUGGUCUACUGCCCAAGCCACAUUAUCCCUGUCCGAGUGGCGAAUGCAGUAAAGAAUACUGCGAUCUGUGACAUCAUGAUGUCUCGUUACAACAUCUACGUUCAGGCAAUCAACUACCCCACUGUAGCUAAAGGAGAGGAGCUUCUGCGCAUUGCCCCAACACCUCACCACACUCCCCAGAUGAUGUACUAUUUUGUUGACCGGCUGGUGAAGACCUGGAAGGAAGUGGGUUUGGAGCUGAAGCAACAAUCGUCAGCAGAGUGUAACUUCUGCCAACAGCCUCUUUACUUUGAGCUGAUGAGUGAGAGAGAGAAGUCUUACUUCAAAGGACUCAAUCACACAAUAUCAACAGUGGCCUGAACAAAAAUCCACAAAUAUUUAUCCUAUUUAUCUUAUUUCCUUAACUGAAAUAUAUCUCUACGGAUACAGGGAUCUGCUUAAGCACAGUGUGUACAUUAAGUUACUGUUUCAUGUGUACAAUGUUGUUACCUGUUGAAGUGGAGGGCCAGCAAAAGUGAUGCACUUAUUGGUUAAAUAUCAGCAACAUAUUAAACUUAAUCACCUUCAAAUGUUGAAAAUAAAUUGUUAAGUAUAUUUGACAAUAUACCAGUUACAAAGCCAUGUUGGUGUAACUAAGUGCAUGAAGGGAUGACAUGAUGGGAUGACAUUAUAACGUGCCUGCGCGCACUGUUUUGAGCAUGCAGAAGAAUAAACGGUCGGAGAGAAAGUUCUGGAUUCUCUUGACCAAGGAAGAAGACGUGCGUUAGCCUUUUUGUCCGUGAUUCCGUGAAGGUAAUUUAUUUAACCAUCUCUGGUGGCUGCUGAAACGCAAGACUGAAUGCAGAAAUGUCUACUGCUACAUAAAUCAACAUAUAAAAUGUUAGCCAAACUCUAAUUUAUAAAACUAAAAAUGUAUUCUUAUGAUUUUGGU